AUGGCUGAGGCGGAACUGGAUAUCGGAGAGAAGUCAGCAGUAAGAAUUCAGAGCCCCAAAGAAAAUGACUUCAUUGAAAUUGAACUGCAUAGACAAGAGCUGAGUUAUCAAAACCUACUAAAAGUGAGUUGCUGUGAACUGGGGAUUAACCCAGAGCAAGUGGAGAAGAUCAGAAAGCUACCUAAUACUCUGCUCAGAAAGGACAAAGACAUUCGAAGACUACAGGACUUUGAGGAAAUAGAGCUCCUUUUAAUGAAAAAUGGAAGCUCUGAAUGGAUACAAUACACACCAUCUCUAACAGAAAAGUCCUGCUACAAUAGUAAUGCUGCAAAAAUGACUUAUUAA